CCCCCUAACCCGCGGCCGGGAAGCACACCCAAUCCCCGCUCCGCCGCGAAGAGCCCCCGCCGUCAACUCCGCCGCCCCCUCCCGCCGCGGCCGCCGUUUCGGGCCUCCGGCCGCUGCCGCCGCCCAGAUGGAUUACCUCAAGACGGUGGUGCCGUCGCAGCUCCUGGCCGAGCGCGGCUCCAACCUCGUCGUCAUCAACCCAGGCUCCAUGAACGUGCGCAUGGGGUUCGCUAGCCAGGACGUGCCGUUCAAUAUACCCCACUGCAUUGCCCGGCACAAGAACGAUGCGCCGAAGCUGUCGGUGCGAGACCAGAGGCUCAACUGUCGCGCUGGGUCGACGCACAACGCAGAGCGGGAGAGGGCGUAUGAUAUUAUCGCUUCAAUGCUGAAAAUCCCUUUUUUGGGUGAAGUAUCGCCUUCAGAGAACCAACCAUUACCUCCUAAGAUGGGACGUCUUGAUGGUCUUUCUUCACAGCAAAACAAAGAUGAUAGUAUACUCACAUGGACAGAUGUGAUGGACAAAAGCAUCAAAACAUCCACGCCAAUUGAAAGGUCAGUAAACAGUGACGUCGAUGAAGAUCCUUCACAAAGCACAUCUGAUGAUGGUAACAAGCCCAACUCCGAAGAAAGCAAGUAUAAGGAAAUGUUAUUUGGAGAGGAUGCUUUGAAAAUCCCUCCUUCUGCACCAUACUGUUUGGGUCGCCCGAUCAGGAGAGGCCAUUUUAAUAUUUCUCAGAAUUAUUCAUUACAUCAGGUUUUAGAAGAUUUGCGCACUAUUUGGAACUGGAUGCUGACGGAGAAGUUGCAUAUCAACCCAAAGGACAGACAUCUAUAUUCUGCAAUUCUUGUUCUUGGGGAAACAUUUGACAACCGAGAAAUGAAAGAGAUGCUGUCCAUUGUACUUUGCGAUUUGGGGUUUAGCAUGGCAGUGGUACAUCAGGAAGCUCUAGCUGCGGCAUUUGGGAAUGGUUUGUCGACAGCUUGUGUGGUCAACAUUGGUGCUCAAGUUACACAAGUAGUUUGUGUUGAGGAUGGAGUAGCUUUGCCCCACACAGCUUUGGCGCUUCCAUAUGGUGGAGAUGACAUAUCCAGAUGCCUACUUUGGGUUCAACAACGUCAUCGCACAUGGCCAAACUUUAAAACCGAUCCCAUGAAGAAGCCUAUAGAUAUGCUAAUGCUCAACAAGAUAAAAGAGGGAUAUAGCCAGAUAAGGAGCGGAAGUUAUGAUGCUGUUUCUGUUGUUCAUUCGUAUGAGCAUGAAAAGUCUGUUGGGCAUCAGAAGACAAGGCUGUCAGCUCUCAGUGUUCCUCCUAUGGGGCUUCUUUACCCUCGGCUUCUCAUUCCAGAAGAGUUCCCUCCACCUCCCCGACCUUGGUUCCAAGAUUGUGAUGACAUGCUGGAAGAUACUUGGCAAACAAAUGACGGUCUUUCUGGAAAUGGUGGGCUUGGUGCAUGGGACAGUUAUCAAAUGCUUCCCACUAGAGUAAAGAAGUUUGAUAAUAUCGGCCUCGUAGAAGCCAUUGUCAGCAGUGUUCUUUCAACAGGACGUGUUGACCUCCAAAGGAAGCUAUUCUGUAGUAUUCAGCUGGUUGGUGGCGCAGCUUCAACGACAGGUCUUGCACCAGUUCUCGAACAAAGGGUUCUUAAUACUAUUCCAUCGAAUCAACCCGUUGAGAAGGUUGAGGUACUACAGUCAAGGAGGAAUCCAUUGUUUAUCCCAUGGAAAGGUGGAGUGAUUUUGGGCGUCCUUGAUACUACCCGUGAUGCUUGGAUCCAUAGAGAAGAUUGGAUUAAAAAUGGCAUUCAUGUCGGGAGUGGCAGAAAAUAUAAGGAUUCCUAUUUCCUUCAGUCGCAACUGAUGUGUUACUACAAUUCAUAACAGGUGGUCUGUGUAGGUGUCAACUAUAUCUUGUGCUGCAAAUGCCGGUGUAAUCUCGGAUACUUGGGCAAGGCGGAACUUCAUCCUUGGCGAGGUUGUCAAGGGACAUGGAAAAGAGAUUUAGAUGAUGAAGGCCCGUCCUCUGUCUAUCCUUUUCAUUCAGAACUAGAAAUGGCUAGUAAAAAUACAUGGAGAAGAGAUUUAGAGAUUUAUGGUGCCAUGUAAACAUAUUCUCCGUUUUCAGGAUGAUGUACUACCUGUAACUUGUAAAUUAGUAAAAUAUACUCCCUCCGUUCCAAAAUAUAAGUCUUUGUAGAGAUUUCACUAUAGACCACAUACGAAUGUAUGUAGAUGCAUUUUAGAGUGUAGCUUCACUCAUUUUGGUCCGUAGUCCAUAGUGGAAUCUCUAUAAAGACUUAUAUUUUGGAACGGAGGGAGUACAAAGCCUCUAGAUGCUGUUCCUGAUUAUCUAACAGUGGUAAUGACUUCUCAGCCAGAUUAAUUAUUUGUUCUGAAAAGGCAAA